UCGCUAGCAAACUUGGGCUUAUUUGCGCAUGGAGAAUCGUAGGGGUAACUUCGAUUAUAGAUUUAAUCCAUUUAUUUUUGCACGCAAAUCGUGUGCCCUUCGCUAAAGAUCCAUUAAUAUAAUUUCAUUAUUUAUUUCGCGUGCAUGAAUUAGGUGAUGUAAAUAAAUUAUGGAAGCGUACGAGAAUCGAGUGCAGGAAAAAUCGCAGGAUGGAGAAUAUGGAUUUGUUUGGCAAGACUAUCUUGAUGCCACAGACAGUGUGGAAGUUCCACAAAUUAUGUUCCCUCAUGUGGAGUUGACAUUGCAAAACAGUAUUGAGAUAGGUAUGUCACUAGAGGUACCAGUACAGAAAAAAAAUGAUAAAGAAGAAUUAUCAUAUUGGGUAGCCUCUAUUGUGAUGGCUUGUGGGCCUUUGUUACGGUUGCGCUAUUUUGGUGGUGAUGAUAGAUCAUUAGAAUUUUGGUUUAAUCUUACAAAAGAAGCUGGUCACGAACUUGGUUGGAGUGAGAAAAACAAUAAAAAAUUAGAACCACCUGACAUUAUACUUGAGAAAUCACCAGAUUGCAUAGACAAGCUGCAUGAUUUUUUAGCAACAGCACGUACGCUUCCACCAGAGAUGUUAACAGGGGAGGGCUUAAGUAUGACAGACAAGAUAAAACAGGGCAUGAAAAUUGAAAUAAGUGAUGUCUUGCAUCCAUAUAAGUUAUGGGUAGCAACGAUUAUUGAAAAUGUUGGAGGGCGUCUUUUAUUGAGAUAUGAUACACCAGGUUCCUUUCGUGAAGACUUUUGGAUAUUUUGUACAUCUGAACGUUUACAUUCAUAUGGAUUUGCAUCUAAAUCAAAUUCCACUUGGUUUUUAGAACCACCUGGUUCAAUAGUGGACUUGUACACUUAUGAAGAAUGGAAAGAUUUGUUGGAAUCUAAACCAAAAGAUUGCGAAUUACUAGAAGAAUUAUUUAAUAAUAAUAUAGAUCAUUCAAAACACAGCUUUAAAAUUGGGGACAAAGUAGAAGCUUUGCAUCCAGUAGAUCGAACAAAGAUCUGUCCUGCUACUGUAACAAAAAUAUUUGAUGAUAUAUAUUUUCUUGUAAAUAUUGAUGUGCAUAUUGAACACUCAGAUAAAUCAGAUGAUACAUUUAUGACCAGUAAUUCAGAAAACAAUGCAUGGUUAUGUACCGCAGAACAUCCAUACAUAUUUCCAGUAGGAUGGGCACAAAAACAUGAUAUCAUGAUUACUCAUCCGCAAGGUUGGACUUCAAAAACUGAAGACUUUGAUUGGAAUGACUAUUUGGAAACGUUUCAUGCUAGUGCAGCAUCUGAAAAUUUAUUCAACAAACGUGCGAGUGCCGCUGAGGCGGGUUUUGAAUGUGGGAUGAGAUUAGAGGCUGUUGAUCCAGAACACGAACAUAUAAUAUGCGCCGCCCACAUUACUAAAAUCGUUGAAAAUCUGUUAUGGAUAAAAUUAGAUAAUUAUGAAUAUUUCCGACCAGAUCAUAUAGUUGACAUGCAUUCCUUGCAAAUAUUUCCUGUGGGAUGGUGCGAAUCUAAUCAUUAUCCAUUAAAACCUCCACAUAAUUACAUUGAGAUUUGUAAAAAAUUGGAAAUGUUUGUAAAGGAGGAGAAGAAAGCCAAUCCUUUGGACAUACCGAUAUCCGAACCACGAUCUUCGCUCUGGUGUCCGAAGAUAUAUUUUAACUACCGAUGUUUCACAGGCCCGAUGAUCUCGAAAGGAAAAUUGGCGACUCUUCCAAAAUCAGUAGGACCUGGACCAGUUAUAUUGGUUAUGCGAGAAGUUCUGUCAAUGAUAGUAUCUGUUGGAUAUAGAAGCGCUAGAAUUUUGAAGGUUUUGCAAUGCGAUUCUAAACCAGAUCCCGGAUUUCAUUUAGAAGUUUUAAAGGCGAAGCACAAAAAUAACACAUAUCGCGCGAGUGUGGCCAUCGUUACAUCAGGAGACAUGGUAGCAGACUUUUGCAGAAGUAUCUGCAAAAAAUUAAUGGUAUGCCCAAAUUUAUUUGGUCCAUUGCAUAUACUAGAAAAUGAAUGUCCGGAUGAAUGUUAUAAAACAUCGAAAACAAAAUAUACGACGGUUGGAACUGGAAAGAGAGGAAAACCGAAAGGUUACACAAGUAUUAUGGUGCAAAAGCCGAAACCUUGGGGUAGGAAACGUAGAAAGCGUCGCGGCAGAUGGGCAAACAAACAUAAGGAAGCUCAGGAGGAAUACGAUCAGGAGGAUGAGAUGCCUUUUAUGUCGUUAGAUCUGGCGAAACAUGUCUCGGAGAGUCACAUUAAUGAGGUAUUUGAUGGAAGACAACCACUCUCGGAAAUAGAUAUCAUGAUACAGAAAGGUCUAGAGAAAUCCGACAAGUCGGAUGAUUUUAAGACUGAAAUACCUUCCAGCAAUGCUUCGGAAGAUUCUGGUAGUUCGUUUAAUGACAGAAAAAUGAAAGACAGAGAAUUGUCCAGUCCUCCUAAUUUAAACUCUAAACAACAUAUAACGAGAUUUAAUCAAAACUCUGGAGUCACCAGAGGAAUCAAGAGAGAUUGGGAUACGAGCAUAGAAUCUGAUUGCUCUGAGGCAGAUGCUGAAUACGUAAGAAUGCAAAAGACGCAACGGCGACCGAAAACUCGUAAGCUCGACUCGAAUCCUUUAUAUUGGAGUGUAGACGAUGUAUUUCGAUAUCUUAGAAAAACGAACGACUGCAAAGAUCUCGCAUAUCGAGUCAAGGAGGAAGAAAUUGAUGGUCUUGCAUUUUUGCUGCUGAAUCUUCCUUCUCUUACUCAACAUAUGAAAUUACGGACGAGUUUAGCCAUGAAAUUAUGUCGACAUGUUGAACAAGUUAAAGUUACGUUCCUUCUACGACAUAUUCAUGAUGUAAAACCUGAUCAAUAUCAAAUUGUUUAAUCAACUAGCUGUAAAACCUGUAAUUAUUCUGUAUAAUAAACUUUGUUUUUUUUUUUCA